AUGACUACUCUUCAUGCUCUUAUAUCUGUUGCUUCAGCUCGUAACUGGAACCUUCACCAAAUGGACGUUAAGAAUGCAUUUCUAUAUGGAGAACUUCAAGAAGAAGUUUAUAUGAGACCACCUUCAGGACUUGCUCAUCUGCCAAAUCAAGUUUGCAGGCUACGCAAAGCAUUAUACGGGCUCAAACAAGCACCACGUGCUUGGUUUGAAAAAUUCUCCACUGCUGUUAUUAGACAUGGUUACACUCAAAGUCCAUAUGAUUCAUCACUAUUCACAAAGUCCUCAGACAAGGGUAUGGUUCUUCUACUCAUAUAUGUCGAUGAUAUGGUAAUUACUGGUGAUGACACAGAUGGUAUCACUGCCUUGAAAUCUUACUUGAGUUCAUGUUUCGAGAUGAAAGAUCUCGGCCCAUUAAGAUAUUUCCUUGGUAUCGAAGUUGAUAAAUCUCCAGCUGGGUACUUCAUUUCUCAAGUCAAAUAUGCUUCAGACAUUAUUUCUCGUGCCGGGUUAACUGACAGUAAGAUAGUUGAUACUCCUCUAGAGAUGAAUGUCAAGUUCAGUCCUACUGAUGGCAAAGAUUUUCCCAAUCCAACUUUGUAUCGUCAACUUGUGGGCAGUCUCAACUAUUUGACUAUCACCAGGCCAGAUAUCAGUUACGCUGUUCAUGUCGUUAGUCAGUUUAUGGAUGCUCCUCGUACCUCUCAUUUUGAUGCAGUUUUUCGUAUUCUACGAUAUGUGAAGGGAACACUAUAUCAAGGAUUGAAUUUUUCCUCCACAUCAUACCUUUGUCUCCGUGCCUAUACUGACUUAGACUGGGCUGGGGAUAUCACUGAAAGACGGUCAACAACAGGUUACUGCUUGUUCUUAGGCAACUCUCCUAUUUCUUGGAGAAGCAAGAAACAAUCAGUUGUUUCUCGUUCUAGUGCCGAGGCUGAAUAUCGGGCAAUGACUCACACCACUUCAGAAAUAGUUUGGUUAAGAUGGCUCCUUAGUGAUAUGGGAAUUCAUAUGAUAGGCUCUACUCCACUUUACUGUGACAACAAAGCAGCCAUUCAUAUUGCACAUAAUGAUGUGUUUCAUGAGCGUACAAAACACAUCGAAAUCGACUUCCAUUUCGAACUCCAUCACUUCAAGCAACAGACAAAUAAGCUCCCUUAUGUUUCUUCUGAAUUUCAGCUUGCUGAUCUCUUAACGAAGUCAUUACCCUCACCCAGGCUUCGUUUUUUGGUUAACAACCUCAAGAUGUGUUCAGCACCAUCUUGA